UGUUAGAAGCAAAAUUUAAAUUUGGAAUAAUAAAUCCGUGAAAUAUUCCGCGAAUACUGUAAGGGAGACAUCCUUGAAAAGAAGAGAUAAAUUUCGAAAGGAUAUUAAUAUUAGAAAAAGAAGAAGGAAAUAGAAAUUGGAAAUAUGACGAAAUCAAAUUUAGUACAAUAUAAAAAUCAGAUUUUGGCCGCAAUAGCUGCUAAUAUGAUUGCACUGGCUCAUGGAACAAUGCUUGGCUGGAUGUCACCUACAUUAAAUUUACUUCAUACCGCAGAUUCACCAUUGAAAGAUGGUAUUACAACUGAAGAAGAAUCAUGGAUUGGUUCAUGUAUAAGUAUUGGCGGUUUUACGGGUACUUUAAUAUACGGAUCACUAUUAGAUCGAAUUGGAAGAAAAUAUACUUUAUUAUUACUUGGGAUUCCAAAUUUUUGCGGUUGGAUAACAAUUUAUUUUUCAACUGAAGUUUAUCAUUUAUAUAUUGCACGUUAUUUAAGUGGUUUAACUGGAGGUGGACUUUAUGUAACAGUUCCUAUAUUUAUUGCUGAAAUUGCUAAUAAUAAUAUUCGUGGGUCACUUGGUUCAAUGCUAGUUUUCAUUGCAAAUAUUGGCUUAACAUUUGGUUAUUCAUUAACUGCUUAUCUACCAUAUAGAAUAGUUCCCGUAAUAACAAUGUGGAUACCAAUUAUUUUUACUUUAAUGGUUGCCUAUUUACCAGAGACUCCAAGAUUUUAUUUAUUGAAUGGUAGAGAGAAUGAUGCUGAAAUAUCAUAUAAAUUUUAUACAAAUUUGAAUGGAAAUACUAAAGAAGAAUUUCAAAAAUUUAACAAGGGAUUUCAAGAAUUAAGAGACUCAUUAAAAAGUUCCAUUGCAAAUGAAUCAAAACGUAAAUUAAAAGAUUUUUGUAAUCCAGUUGCAAUUAAAGCAAUUCUUGCAUGUAUAGUCAUUGUAAUACAUAAUCAAGUGACCGGUUCAUUUGUUAUAUUAAAUUAUUCAGCAAAAAUAUUCGCUGCAGCUGGAACUUCUUUAGAUCCGAAUUUAUGUACAAUUGUAAUGGGUAUUACACAAAUUAUAGGAACAUAUUGUGCAACAAUUUUAGUUGAUCAUUUUGGUCGUAAACCAUUAUUCAAUUUAUCAUUAUUUGGAAUGUUAUUAGGGUUAGUUACAACUGGAGUCUAUGAUUAUUUUAGUGGCACUAUAAAUUUGGAUAAUUAUUCUUGGAUACCAAUUAUAAGUGUGUCAUUUGUAAUAUUUUCAGCAUCAUUUGGUGUUAAUCCAUUAGUAGUUCUAAUUAUUGUUGAAUUAUUGCCUGGCAAGAUUCGAUCAAUUGCUUCAAUGGGCUGUUUAUUGAUUUUAAGUUCUUUUGCUUUUAUUUCAUUAAAAGUUUUUCCGAUUUUAAUGGAUCUACUUAAUCUUUAUGGCGUGAUGUGGCUAUGUGCUGGUUUUUGUUUCACUGGAAUCAUUUUUAUAACACUUGCUAUACCAGAAACAAGAGGAAAGGUAUUACAAGAGGGUGAUGAAGAAAUUGUAGAGGAAAAUAAAUGUUAAUUUUAAUGAAGUGAUGAAAAUUUUUAGUUAAAAUUCAAAUGUCUACUAUGCUAUAAUCGUGAUAUUUACAGCAAUUAAAAAUAUUUUAAAAAUUAAGUGAUAAAAUUUUAAAAAUUAGUUAUUACAAUUUUUUUUUGUUAAAUUUAUUAAAUAAAAAUAUUUAUUAUUUUAUAAAAAAAAAUUAAUUUUUUAUUCACUUGGUA